AUGUCUUGUCAGAGAAUCACAGUAACUAAAAGGGGAGUUGAAUUGUAAGAGUAAUUAAGGGAGAUUUUGAAGAAGAACUAAAAGAUUCUCAAGUUGGAACCUCAGCAAGGUUAUAGAAUAGAUGGUUCAAGUGAUCUGUUGAAGAGAUAAAAUAUUGGCAAGGAAUAAUUUGGAGGGUAUAUUGAGCUUCUGGAACAGAGAUUGAAUUCUCCAGAGAAAAUUAAAGUGUUUCUAAACCAGAGAUUUAACAACUAGCCAAAAUUUAUAUAGAAAGAAGUCGAGAAAGUUAGUUAGAAGAUUUACAAUUAUGGAAAUUCAUAGUUUAGGUCACAUCAUUCUCUGCCGUCCCUAGAUUUUAGAUAGGUCUAACACUUAAAGACUAAGUAUAGCGAUGGAUUUUGGGAUAGUUAGAAUCCCUCAAUGUCUGGAAAUACGUUCUACAAGCCUAAGGACGAGGAAGUCAAAACGAGGAAGAUCAAUUACCUAAUGUUUUAGGAAGCCAAAAUUGAAAGAAUGAUCACAAAAUACGAUAAAUUUAAUGAAAAGGCUUAAUUUAUUCCUAGUUUUGAAAAAGGAAAAUAGAAAAGCUAGAAUUUAGCCACUGAACUAUUAAAGGCUAUGGAAACCAAGGAUACAGAAACCAGAGUGGAAUCAAUCUAAGAAAUAAAUUAGAAACAUGCUAAGGAUCUUGAUUUAAUGGAAUACAACAGUUAAAGAAGAGAGAGGUUUCUUCAAACUAUGACUGAAUUGCAUAAUAAAAAAUAUAAGCGUUAUUGGUGCAAACUAAGAAUGGCCAAAUGA